AUGUCUGCAGCGCAGCAGCGAGCUGUCCUCGAUCCCGCCCCCGUGGCCUGGACUAAACCCAGCACCGACCAUCGCCUGGUCUUGCGUCCGGGGACUCGAGAAGAACGGCAGUAUAUCGAGUUCUUCUGCACGCGGACAUCGCGCGCACUUUCUGGAUUCUUUGAUUCGGAUCUCUGGCAGUAUCUGCUGCCCCAGCUGAGUCACUCCGAGGCCGGGAUCCGGCACGCAGCCAUCGCUCUGGGGGCCCUCCAUCAACAUCUACAUAGAGUCCUCUCCAAAGGUAAAUGUGAUCCAGCGGCGAGCAAGAUUACGCCCCAGAAUGAGUAUUUUAUUAUUCAGCAGUACAACUCGGCCAUCCGGCAUUUGGUGGCACAACUGUCCUCCACGACCUCGCACCACGUACCGCAUCUGACGCUGAUCAGCUGCUGUUUAUUUGUCUCCCUGGAGAUUCUCAGUGGACAUGUUGGUAAGGCUCUCGAUCAUAUUGAAGCCGGACUGAAGAUUCUCCAGCGAUGGGAGCAUCGCACAGAUGGAAAAUUACCGUCGGAAGCGAUUACACGAGAACUGGCUUAUUUCCUGCUCCGCUGGAAUACCCAGCUCUCCACGCAAGGUCGGAAGAUGAUUCCUCUCAACCUCAGCCAGCUCGAUACAGCGGAAUCAGGGGGCAACCAAGAAUCCUGGUCGGAAAUCUCAGAAGCCAGAGAGGCCCUCGUUCUACUGAGCAACCGCACGAUGAGUUUCGUGGAGGCCGUGGGCACCGACCGAAAGACGAGAGGGUCGCCUGGGCAAGUCCGUCAACAACAAGCGCUUCUCCAAGCUCUUGCCGCAUGGCUGAGGGCCUUUGAAUGUCUGAUGAAGCGGUGUAGCCGACGGCUGAAGAAGACCGAUCCUCGAGGACCGGUCCUGCUGCGCAUCCAGCACCGCACCAACCAGAUUCUGGCAUCGGUCGCCCUGUCCCGAGACGAGCUCAUAUACGACCAGCUCGACGAGGACUUCCGAGCUAUUGUUUCCUAUGCCGAGGAUCUGAUCGAGCUCAACGCGUCCCUGGACAAAGACAGUGUGCUGAGCGUCUUUUCCUUGGAGAGCGGACUUGUCUCGUCGCUCGGCUACACCGCUAGGAAGUGUCGCAAUCCGGUGCUCCGGCGCAAGGCAAUCCGUCUGCUCUACCGCUGCCCCCGGAAGGAAGGACUGUGGGGUGUGCAGCAGUAUGCGGUUAUCGCACGCAUCAUUGUCCAGGCGGAGGAAGCAGCGGUGGUUCAUCUGCCGUUAGCGCAGCGGAUUCCAGAAGAUCGGCAUCGCGUGUAUACAGUGCACAUUCAAAACAGGAAUUGCAGCUCAUGUCGACUAGUAUUGAUGUAUCUGCCUGAGAACGAGGAUGGAGAAUGGCAUUGUCGGGUCAGGGAGGUGGAAUUUGCGGCUGAGGUGCAGGCAGAGGAUCCCAACUUUUUUGCUGAAGCGGGGAUCAGCUUGGAGACGUGA